UAUAGAUUCCGUCUUUUUUAUCCACCUGUAUUUACUGUGUUAUAGUAAAACUGUUAGACAUUCGCUUUUUCACUCUAAUGUCUAAUAUGUCCGUGGGUUGAACCAUACUACCGAAACACUGAUUUUGUGUACAGCUGCUAGCGGGUUAGUGUUAGCAUUUAGCCGCUCUGUUGUAUGUAAACAAAGCGAUGAGGACGGCUGAAGGUUCCGGUUGACACGGAAACUAUCAGUGAGGAGCACGAAGUGAAAUAAGUGUUUGCUGCAGUUUGAUUUGGAUGCUCCUGUCUGCCUUCCAUGGAAUCACUCAGCACGUUUGAAUCUGAGAUGGAGGCUGAUGGACAGGGGAGCUACUCUCUGUUUCCUGCUCUUGACAGCAUUGCAAGUCUGUCUGGCACCACUGAAACGCUGGAAAGUGAACCACCCAGUGAAAUAGCAGAGAAACCAAACCUGACGUGGCUCGACGCUGCACAGAUUGUUUUGGAGGAAGCUGGACGCCCCAUGCACAUAAAGGAAAUUAAACAGAGAAUCAUCGACAGGGGACUCGUUCAGUCCAAUGCAAAAUCAAGCCUGGAAGCUGUCAUGUACCGUGAGACACAAAAAGGCAGCAGGAGGUUCAAGAGGAUUGAAAACAGAAACGGAGUCUUUGCACUGCUGACUGAUGAGGAGCGGCAGCAGGCCCUGCAGGCCUUCACUGCCCAGUCUUUCCUCAGUUCGCCUCAGCAGAAUACCAUCUCUAGUUCUGGCUCAGGAGUCGCGGCGCCUGCCUUCCCAUCUCCCACGAGUUCCUCUGAGCAUAAGGCCAAGGUGAAGAGGGGUCCGCGGAAGAACCAGAACGAAAAGUAUAGACUCAAGUACCUCAGGCUUCGAAAAGCUGCUCGUGCCAUGAUAUUUGAGAAUGCAGCUCUCUGUGAUGAAGUUGCCCACAUAGAAGAAAAGUUUCUGAGAGCAAAGGAGGAGCGCAGGUUCUUACUAAAAUCCUUGUUGCAAUACCAGUCUCUGUCAGAGGGGGAGCUACUGCCCACACCCAGCUCAAGCUCUCAUCCACCUUUGCCACCAGUGGUGUUGUCCUCAGGUCCCUCUGGGGCUUCAGGUCUGUCCAUGGCACACAGUGUCUCAUCAGCAGUGCCAGCAGGGGAGGAAGGCGCGCUUAAAAAACCCAAAAAGGAAAGGAAGGAGCGGGGGAGGGAGAAUGGAAAGGAAGAAUUUCCAAAGAAGAUGUCUAAGAAGAGAAAACUCGCAGACGGCUCACGGAAGCUGGUGCAGCCCAUCCCUCUCGACUCUUCUGGCCGUCCCGUCUUUCCCAUAGUACUGGGAGGUUUGACAGUCUACAGUCUGGGAGAGAUCAUCACAGACAGAAUGCUGUUUCAUGAUGAGUGUGCCAUUUAUCCAGUGGGCUUCUGCAGCACGCGCAUCUUUGCCAGCAUGAAAAACCCCGACCAGCAGUGUCUCUACACCUGCCAAAUCAAAGACGGGGGAACUGGUCCACAGUUUGAGAUUGUGCCCGAAGAAGAUCCUCAGAAUGCGAUUGUAGCUUCCUCUGCUCUGACGUGCCAUGCCAACCUACUGAAGGCCAUCGCAUCUGUCAGUUCCAAGUCUGUGGCGUCGAUUGUUCCAUCAGGAGCCGACUUCUUUGGCUUUUCUCAUCCCACGAUCCAGAAUCUCAUCCAGAGUUGUCCCGGAGCUCGUAAGUGUAGCAACUACAGAUGGAUUCGUUUUGAGGUGUGUCGCCCUGGUGAUGGCCAGGUCCCUCACAGCCUAUCAGAGGACGAUGCCUCGAUUAACUUUGAAGCGUUCCAGAGGCACCACGGCUUUGAUGAGAACAUCAAGACCGAGCAUAUCACAGGACAGACACCACAGUCUCCUAGCUCCUCUCAUCAGCACCACCUGACUUCCCCCACCAUGAAGCCCUCUACCUCAUAUUUCAGCUCCUGAUAAUCUGCACUGGAGCGCCUCUGAAAUCGAGGCCAUACCUGAUCUUAGUUGUUGUGAAUAUUCCUUCUUAUUUGCAAGAUGCAGCAUUUUUUUCCCCCCACCAGGAUUAAGGAUUCAUAAAGAUGAGAUAAAGCAAACCUGUCAUUAUUAUUGUCACUGUUAUGCAAACCUUGAUACUGAUAUACUGGAUAUGAAUGGUCAGUUAAAUUAGCCCUAAACAAGUCAAUAACAGCAUAAACCCAACACCUGAGGGGUGUACUAUGAAGCAAGUUUGGUAUAGCUGUGCUUUCUUUACAUUGUGGUUUUUUGUCAGCUGUUAUUCCUUGGGCUUACUGAAGGCCAUAAAAGUGAGCAUUGGACGCUUGAUUUGGCUCGUCUUUGGUAAAAAAAAAAAAAAAAAAAA